AUGACCAGUUUGACCACAUUCCUGUAUGUGUAUCUAUUCGGGGGAGUGACUUUUCCACUCAUUGUUUUAUAUGUUUUGUUCCGGGCCGCGCCUGAAGCUGGCAAGCCCGCUGCACGCGCUCCGGAGCUUCUAGUCCCAGAGGUUGAUCCGGGCUUCAAGUUGGGAGAGCUUGAGGAAACAAAGGGGGUCCGUGUUCUGAAAAGGGGCUGGCUCACUGUCACAAUCAAGUAUUACUACCAUUUUUCGGAGUUGUUACAGACAGAAGACGGCAACGACAACAUGCCCACGCGUGACAAAUUGAAGCGUAAGCACAGGUUCUACGCUGUGCUUAAACACGGCAACUUGUUUCUUUAUAAGGAUGAUGCACCCGAUGCUAGCGUUGCGCAUGUCAUCGUUCUCAAAGACAGUUUCGUGUCGCUGUGGCCCCGUACAGUACACAACGAAGCGCCUGAUGCAACGCUGUUCACCAAAAAAAUGUGCAUAGCGAUCUUCAGACACGGUGCUGCUCACGUAAACGAGAAGGGACGGCUGGAAAUAACGACACAGCUGCAUAGCUCCGAGAGAUUAGACCACUUUUUCGUGUAUGUGUCAAACAGUGUUGAAAAAGAGGAUUGGUAUUACGCUCUCGUCAACGCCUCCAAAGUGUCGAAGCCGACUCCCAAUUCAUCAGCAUCAGAAUAUGAACUGAGUCCAAAUGUGUCUGCCAAAGCUGCUCAUUUGAAUACGCGGGAUAUGCUGUAUCUUAUCCAGAAUCUUAACUCGAAUGAGGGACAACUCACAACUAAGUGGCUCAAUGCUCUCAUAGGAAGGCUUUUUUUGGGCCUGCAACAAACAGAAGCGUUGUCUGAAUACUUGCGUGAUAAAGUAUACAAAAAACUCACGAAAAUCAACAAACCAGGAUUUCUAGACGAUUUUGUCAUCGAUCGCAUAGACGUCGGUAACGCAGCCCCUCUUUUCACUCACCCAGCUCUCAAAGAGCUUACUCCAGCAGGGCUAACAAAGAUAGGUUUUCAUGUGUUUUACAAAGGCGGCUUGUCUCUUAUUGUCUCCACGAAGGCUAACAUAAAUCUUGGCUCUAGGUUUAAGCCCAGAGAGGUUACUUUGAAUUUAUCAAUUACUGUCAAGGAGAUUUCGGGACCGGUUAUAGUUCUCAUAAAACCGCCACCAUCCAAUCGCAUCUGGUACAGCUUCGAGACUGAACCGUUCAUCGACUUAGAUGUUGAGCCCAUUGUGAGCACGAAGCAACUAUCUUACAACAUGGUUACAAAUGCCAUCAAGAGCAAAUUUCGUGAAGCCAUAAGAGAGUCACUGGUUAUGCCGUACAUGGAUGACAUUGCCUAUUACAAAACAACUACCGACCUCUACAGAGGCGGUAUUUGGGAACACGACAAGAAACAGCACAGCUGUGCAGAAGAGUCCGUAGAAGAAGCAGAACCACUGUCCGAUACGGAAAAUGGCGACGCUUUCACGGAAGACAAAGAAAUGACCGAUCACAAGAGUCUUUCCGAUACCGCUGAAGCACCCUCUAGUAGUACAGCGGAGUCGCGCAAUGCUGCUGAAGCACCUAGCGUGCCUGAACUCGAUGAAGCAGAACCAGUCUCCGUGAGACAAAAAGCGCUGCAAAAAGUGGGUACUUUCAGGUCGAUGCUGAAGUCGCGCACGGAGCCGAAUGAAGCAGAGGACGAAAAUGAAGAAGCAGAGGACGGAUCCAAGAAAUCGAGGCAAUCGUCUGAUUCUCACUCUUUUUCUCUGAAAGAGGAUGCUAAAGCCUCUAAAAAAUAUUUCAACGCGGGAAUCAAGAGAGUUGGGAAAUGGUAUAAGGACAGCAUUUCAAACACCGAGGAGGACCAGGAUCAGCACUCCGAGUACCAGGCGCCAUCUUCAGAAAAAAACCUUAAAAUGAUAUCCAACCGCAGAACCCUACCAAAAGCUAAGGAAAAGGAAAUUCCUAGAAAUCAACCUUUGGGCAAUAGGCGUACUUCCGAUGCCGCUGAAAUGUUUGCCAAAACCAAGCAAAGGUCCGCGUCUAACACAUCCGGCCAAAGCCCCUCGGUAAGUAACGUCUACAAUUUCUCACACACACCUCCACACUCCCCCCAUGGGUUAUCUGGCUGGUCCAGUCAAGAGAUGCAGUUCGAGAACUCUACGACACAAGCUAAAUCUAACGUCAAAAAAUCUGACGAAGGGAAGGAAAGUAAUCCAACACACGUUGCUGUAGUGGUCGAGGCCUCUCAAACGACAGAAAACAAUGCGCAUGACGAAUUGGGCGAACGUCAUUCAGUUCAAUCAAUUACUGCAGACCAAUUUCACGUUUCCCUGCAAGAGCUUAAUAAAAGGCGACCUAUCCCUCCACUUCCUGAGUCAGUGAACAAAGCAACUAGGGAAAGGCCCGAUGAAUCAGUGUUGAAGGAAUCUAGCAACACAGUUGGUAGAUAA